AUGGCUACACUGACAAAGAUAAAAACCAGGAGAAGUUCUAGUCGACUGGGUGAGACACGUGAAUCAUUCAAGAUAAACACCACUUCUUACAACCUACAGGAAGACGGUGAUGGUUUACUGAAUAAUGUGCAGCAAGACAGCAUCAACGAUGCAGCUGAAGCAGCUCAGGACCAAGCAUACCAUGGAUCACUUUGGGCGAAAGUUGAGAGAAAUCAGAUUCCAUUAUCAAGAAACUUGAUGAUUUUAUUAUACACUUUGAAUCUUUUAAGUUCCAACACCAAUAUUAUCAACUUUACAAACAAAUUUUUACGUUUACAAAACCAGGUCGGGUAUAAUCUGGAAGGCAACCCCAUCUAUGAUAUCCACAUAGAUGAUGUUUAUUUUGUCAUUAAUUGGGUCAUCACUGUUACUUUUCUUCGAUCGUUUUUGAUGAAGUAUUGUUUUGGUCCAUUUGCUGCUAAAUUUUGUCAUAUUUAUUCACGCAAAGCCAAAAUAAGAUUUGCUGAACAAAGUUGGUCGUUUGUUUAUUAUAGUAUUUCAUUUAUUUAUGGGGUUUACUUAUACCUGGAUGCUCCUUACUACAACAAUUUAGAUCAAAUUUAUAUUAACUGGCCUAAUUUUGUCAUGGAUGCUAGGUUCAAGAGUUAUUAUUUGAUUUCAAUGGCGUUUUGGUUACAACAGAUUUUUGUAUUACAUGUUGAAAAACCAAGGAAAGAUCAUUAUCAAAUGUUUAGUCAUCAUAUCAUUACUUGUUGUUUAAUUAUUGGAUCUUAUUAUUACUAUUAUUUCAGAAUUGGUCAUUUGAUUUUGAUGAUUAUGGAUUCAGUUGACAUCUUUUUAGCAGCUGCCAAGAUGUUGAAAUAUGCUGGUAGGUUAGUUGCUUGUGACGCCAUGUUUGUAUUGUUUCUCGUGAGUUGGAUUGGAUUAAGACAUGGGGUUUACAAUUAUAUCUUUUAUCAUGCUUGGCAUAAAUCCGUACAUUUGAUGCAAGACGGUCAAUGUAUGGUUGGAUCUGAUCAGAAAAGAUGCUGGACACCAGGGGUAAUCAAUACGUUUUUGGGUUUACUAGGCGGGCUACAAAUAAUCACAUGUAUUUGGAUGUAUUUGAUUUCAAAAGUUGCUUAUAAAGUUAUUAUUGGAGUUGGUGCUGAAGAUGUCAGAAGUGAUGAAGAUGACACUGAUUUUGAAAAAGAAGAAGAAAAGAAUGGGGAGAUUGAAGAAAACGAAGGUGAGUUUUGUGGGGGUGUGUAUGGUGAUUAUGAACAAGGGGAAAAGGAAACGGAUGUUGAGACUAAAAAAACUGAUAUUGUUAUAGAUGUCAAAAGUGAAGUUAACAUACACGGAAAUGAAGAUGAAUGA